AUGGAAAUUGAAAGGAUCCGAUUCUAUAAAACUACUAGUGGUGGCAAUGGAAUCGGUGAUACAAACAUCGCCACCAGAAUGAUUGCCCUUCGGUCAAAUGCCAACGGCAAAUUUGCCUGUGCUGAGAAUGCUGGAAAGAAUCCUUUAAUUGCCAAUCGUGAUGCUGUUUCUAGUUGGGAAACAUUUGAACUUAUCUCUCUCGAUGGCAACAAUGUUGCUCUAAAAUCAUGUGCCAAUGAAAAAUAUGUCUGUGCUGAUAAUUAUGGCAAUAGUGAAUUAGUUGCUAAUCGAACCAGUGUGGAUAGCUGGGAGACUUUCGAUCUCGUUCAGCAUUAA